CGCACUGCCUCGUGGCCGCGCACGUUAUGUCUGAAUUAUUCUUUCAAGAACGCGUACGUGCGCGCACUCGUGUUCUUUGUGUGGCAGCGUAGCGAAGCGCCAAAAGAGUGACCAUGGCUGAUGAAAAACCAAAGGAAGCAGUCAAGACAGAAAGCAAUGAGCACAUAAACCUGAAGGUAGCGGGUCAGGAUGGAUCUGUGGUGCAGUUUAAGAUCAAAAGACACACACCGCUCAUCAAACUCAUGAAAGCUUACUGUGAGAGACAGGGACUUGCAAUGAGGCAAAUCAGGUUCAGAUUUGAUGGACAGCCAAUAAAUGAGACGGACACACCAGCACAGUUGGAAAUGGAAGACGAAGAUACAAUUGACGUGUUUCAGCAACAGACGGGAGGCUUCAUUUAAUCAACCGCAUGUAUCAUGAUUCUCCUUCUUAACACAACCAACCUUCCCAGCCAGAUACACAGCCGCUGCCUCUUUGCAACUUGUCCUAUUGUUUCAACAGAAUUCCAUUCAGAAAGAGAUGUCAUUUCUCUGCUACACAUAACUGCUGUAUAGUAUUAUUAUUCUUGCCCCUGUUACUUUCUGUUUUUGUACAUAAACCACCUCCAGAUCACCCCAAAUUCAGGUUUUGAUUGUUCAUGCUGUAUUGUGGUCAAGGUUAAGGACUUCCCAGUUUGAAGGGCUUCUUCUAAGGUUGCGAACAGAUGGGUCUUUUGAUAGACUGAGAAUUAAUAACACUGACUUAACUGAUCAAAUGGUGUUGUGCUAGAUUUGGUCAGUGUCCAGCAAAUCUGUUCUUACAGUGUACUAUAUGGGACUGGCUAACACUUAGUGAACUGUAUACCCAAUUUGGGGCUGGAUUGUUGCUUCUUUUCUGUUAUCAUCAGAAAAAUAUUUGAUUUUAUACAUUUUAUAUAGUAGUGGAUGUGUAGAGAAAUGUUUUAAUGAAUCAUUUGACUAGGCCAAGCUUCAAAUUUGGGAAGCGUGAAGAAAUGUUUCAGUUAAAUAAACAACUGUAUUGUCUAUUAAGAUGUCUGUUAAAAUAAAGCUAUUGUCUUUUUCCAA